AGAAAAAGAAAGAGAAAAGAAAGGGGGAAAUCCUCUCUUCUCCUACCAGCCCAGCCAGGCUGGGUGAGGCAUUUUCCUACCGUAUCAAAAUGGCCACAGCUGUGCACAAGUCUAUCAAAUGCCUGGGAGAGGAUUUCUACCGAGAAGCCAUUGAACACUGCCGUAGUUACAACGCCCGCCUGUGCGCCGAACGCAGCAUGCGACUGCCGUUCCUAGACUCGCAGACAGGGGUCGCUCAGAACAACUGCUACAUUUGGAUGGAGAAGACCCACCGGGGCCCAGGCCUGGCCCCUGGUCAGAUCUACACCUACCCAGCCCGCUGCUGGCGGAAGAGGCGGCGGCUGAACAUCCUGGAGGAUCCACGGCUGCGACCCUGUGAGUUCAAGAUUGAUUGUGAGCCCCCCCUGAAGAAGGAGGGCUCCCUCCCUGAAGGUCCAGUCCUGGAGGCCCUGCUCUGUGCGGAGACCGGAGACAAGAAACCAGAGCUGAAGGAGGAAGAGCUGGUUUUAGACUGCCCGAAAGCUCCUCUUGGGGAAUUCCUGCACGAUUUGGACCCUGAGGACUUGGAGGAGGAUGUACCCCGGCGAAAGAACAAGGCCAAGAGCAAGGCCUACGGGAUUGGAGGGCUGCGGAAGAGGCAGGAUGCCGCCUUGCUGGAGGACCGAGACAAACCUUAUGUUUGCGACAUCUGUGGGAAACGCUACAAGAAUCGCCCUGGACUAAGCUACCACUACACGCACACACACUUGGCGGAGGAGGAAGGCGAGGAGGGGCCAGAGCGGCACACUCUGCCCUUCCAUCGCAAGAACAACCACAAACAGUUUUACAAAGAGCUGAACUGGGUCCCAGAGAACCAGCGCAGGCACACAGCUAAGAAAGCUCCGGAUGGCACAGUCAUACCAAACGGUUAUUGUGAUUUCUGUCUAGGCGGCUCCAAGAAGACCGGCUGCCCAGAGGACUUAAUCUCCUGUGCCGAUUGUGGAAGGUCAGGGCACCCAUCCUGCCUGCAGUUCACAGUGAACAUGACAGCCGCCGUGCGGACAUACCGCUGGCAGUGCAUCGAGUGCAAAAGCUGCAGCCUCUGCGGCACCUCUGAAAAUGACGACCAGCUGCUCUUCUGUGAUGAUUGUGACCGCGGCUACCACAUGUACUGCCUGAGCCCCCCGAUGGCCGAGCCCCCUGAAGGUAGCUGGAGCUGCCACCUGUGCCUGCGGCACCUGAGAGAAAAGGCCUCUGCUUACAUCACCCUGACCUAGGCUGCAGCCCCCACCCGUCCCCACUUGGGCAGCCUCCAGACCUUGGCCCCUGGGGGGCAGAAUCAUGCUGCAGGUCGUGCACAGGAGCAAUGCCUGCCUCUCCAGGUGGGGCAGAACCCUCCAUCCAUGGUUAAGAGGAUCGAGGUCUGGCAUCCCAAAAUUUUGGUGGGGGCUCCUGCAGGGGGGACUGACUUCUGCCACCUCCUGGCCUCAAACUAGGCUACCACAAGGAGCCAAAGUCAACACAAAGCCAUAUGCCAGGGAGGGAACAGAGACCCAGCCCCUCUGCCCUGGCCCGAGGGGGGGCUCCCCCCCCCAACUGAUGCAUGUGAAAUUGUCUGCCUUUGCUUGCAAGACCGGAGCCUGGUUGCUCCCUGGAGGAUGGGCAUCCUGGCUGCGGAGUCUCCUCCUCCU